CUUUAACUAGACUCGGAACCAGCCGGUCCGGUCCAAUAACGGAGGCUUCGAGUCAGCAGAGGCUAGAACCAUUUUCCAUUAAUGUAUUAAACUUUUUAAACAAAUAAACAGACUAGUCGUUAUUCUCUGAGCAUAACAUGAGAUUCAGGUCAGACCUGAUGUUUAGAAACGGCCCGUUUCCUUGUUUUGACUUGACGUCAUGUUUGACUUAUGAAACGGUCCAGAUCUGCAAGUAAAGUUUUCUGUCACCAUGGAUCCCUCCUGCUGUGAUGCUGUGGCUCCGCCCGGUUUGACCGUCCAGGUGUGUUUUCCCGGUGCGCGGGCGGCGGUCCUGGACAACCUGAACCGGCAGCGCGAGGAGGGCCGGCUGUGUGACCUCUCCAUCCAGGUCCAGGGUCAGGUGUUCCGGGCCCACCGCUGUGUCCUCGCUGCUUCCUCGCCUUACUUUCACGACCAGGUUCUUCUGAAGAACGUUACCACCGUGUCCCUGCCCUCCGUCAUGGACCCGGUGGCCUUUGAGAGCGUCCUGAGUUCUGCCUACACGGGCCAGCUGAGCAUCGUACACGAGGACAUCGUGAACUACGUGACCGUGGCCAGCUUCCUGCAGAUGUGGCACAUCGUAGAUAAAUGCACGGAGAUCCUGAAGAGACCCCGGUCGUCCGGAGAAACGCCCGCCGGAGCUCCUCCGGGACCCGCGUCCCGCCAGCAGUCCCCCAGCAGCACCGAGUGUCUGUUUGUGGAGCGGGAGGGCCGCCGGAGGGAGAAGAAACCCGACGCCCUGCCGCCGCUGGCCACCUGGAGACGACCGCAGCAGCUGCUGAGGUGGGCUCGGGCCCGGCCCCCGUUGGACCAGAACCUCGCCGACUCCCAGCUGGACGGCCUCCAGAGCUACGCGGAGAGUAACUACGCCGGUGGGGAGGAGGCGUGGCCUCUGAGCCACGACGGAGCGGGUCAGAGCAACCGGCACCACGGGGGGGUUCUGUGUGGUGACCCGUUAAAGCCGAAAGUCCGGUUUCAGCAGAGGGGGGCGCCGCUGAGCGCCGAGAGAGAACACGGUAGGACGAGAGACGGCGAAGACACUCUGGACAGGCGGAGGACGGAGAGGAGAGGAGCGGAGGCUGAUGAAGGAGUCGGGGAGGAGGAGGAGAGGAGGGACGGCUUCACUCACACAGACUUGGACCCGGUUCCGGCCGAACUGGAGGAAUCGGGACGCCUCACCGUGAGGGAGACCGUGGAGGUGAUGAAGGACAAAGUCCAGCGGGACGCUGCAGGAAGCGAGGACUGUGGACCAGCUGAAGGACCGUCAGGUCCGGUUUCGGGAAGAUCUCCGUGGCAGAGCGGCUCCUGGUCUCAGACGCAGCAGCGACCUCCGGGGAGGGACGAGGAAGACGAGGAGGACAGUGUGGACUUGAGGUGUUUCCCAGACGGCUCCUACAGCAGACACUCGCUGGGUGAGACGGAGGACGGGUCGGAACCGGUUUCCCAGAGACCUCUGGUGUCUCCUGGCUUCAGCCUGGGGGGGUCAGAGGUGAACUGGACUUCCAGCAGCGGGGGUCAGAGCGGGACUCCCACCUCUACCCAUCACGUCUCCCCGUCGUCCGCGGCGUUUCCCCCUCCUCCAUCACCUCCUACGCCGUCCUCCUCCUCCUCCUCGGCGCCCCUCUCUGGCUCCGCCUACUCAGGUAAGGUCCACUUCUGCCACUGUGGCAAGGCCUACACGCUGAAGAGCAUGCGGGACCGCCACGUGAAGAUGCAGCACCUGAACCUGCGUCCCUUCGGCUGUCCCGUCUGCACCAAGUCCUUCAAGAUGAAGCACCACCUGACGAAGCACCUGAAGACGCACGGCGGGCUGCGGCCCUACGAGUGCAGCCUGUGUGGGAAGAAGGUGAUCUGGAGGGACAGCUUCCUGCGACACCAGGCCCGCUGUGAGAGGCUCGCCUCCAGCACCGGGCCGGCGCCGCCUUACGGGUUCGACGUCCCGUUGGGACAGGUGAAGGUGGAGGAGGGGGACCUCCACAGGGCCGUGGGGGGGCUGCUGGACCUUGUAGGCACCGAGUCCCAGAACCUGGGUCAGGUUUUUAAAGAGGAGGCAGCGGAGAGCUUCAGUGGGAGCUAAAGUGGGUUCUGAGCUUCUGACGGCUGGGCCCUCGGACCUUUUAUCCACCACGUCAGAUCUUCCGUUAUGAACAUUUCAUCUCUGGAAAGUCCGACCCCCCCCCCCCCCCCCCCCCCCCCGGGCUUCCGUAGUUCCGACGUGUCAUGGGGGCUACAACACCAACGCUGAAGCGGCCCGCGUGAACGUUUCUCCACAACAACGCCUUCGUGCUACGUUCUUAGCUGGCAGGAACCAAACCAUCAUGCUGCCAUUAGAGCGCCGCCGUGCCCGGACAUCGGCCAAGACCCCGCUGCUUUUUACUGUUAACCUUUUUAAAAUGGCUCCUUGCUCUUGUGAUUAGUCGCUAUUUAAAAGUCAUUUAAGAUGUUCUAGGAGUGUAAACAGCUUUAUUUAUCAUUUAUAAUCUCAAGUUUAAAAAGGAGAAAAGUCCUGGAGUUUAAUCAGAAGGCUUGAAUCUGCAGCCGUGUGGCCCCGCCCCCAGAGAGGAAGCGUCAGUCAGCUGACCACAAACACACUUUAGUAAAUAAAGACCGUCGGCACUUUGCACAAAUUGUCCUCGCCACAAUAAAAUGUCUUGAUUUAGUCAAUAAAGUAUUUAUUAAAAC